AUGCAGCUCGACGUGCUGCUGCUAUGUGUGCUACUUGUGGGACUGCCAUGGAUCCCUGGUAGCGACGCGAGCUGUGCGAACAUGUGCUCCGGGCAUGGCACCUGUGGCGCAUCCAAUAAAUGCACCUGCGAUGCCGAGUGGAAUGUUGUGCCAGACUGUUCUCGUCAUGUUUGUCCGACUGGAAUCGCUUGGGUAGACAAAGCAUCGACUCCGAACGGAGCCCACGCCACCGCCACAGAAUGCUCAAACCGUGGCAUCUGCGACUACUCAAAAGGCUCGUGUAUCUGCACCCAGGGGUUCACUGGCGACGCAUGUCAACGAAUGCGGUGUCCCAACGACUGCUCCGGUCGCGGGCAGUGCCUGACGUUGGCCACCCUCGCUCGGUCGUACGGCCCCCAAACCAUGGCCACGGGGCUCGGUCCAGCGUACAGCAACUGGGAAAAGGACAGCAUCACGACGUGUUAUUGCGACAUGGGCUUUACCGGGCCAGAUUGCUCCAUGCGCAUGUGUCCAAAGAACGACGACCCGCUCACCCCCGGCCAAGCGUUUCGCUCCAUCGCGCUGACCGUCAGUGGCGCCACGUCAGCGCUGGCUGGUGUCGUGACAGUCACGUUCAACGGGUACUCAUUCACGAUGCCCGCAAAUGCCAACUCGAACUCAGAUGCGAUUUGUGCGGCGGCAGUCCUGACUUUGGGCAAUGUUCGCACUGCCACCUGUGUCAUGUCUGCCGUGGACAGCACGACCCAAGGCGCGACGUACACGAUUGAAUUCCAAGAAUGGUCGCACUGGGACUCGGAGAACAACGUGUUUUUUCACACUGGGAACCCCCCGUUGGCGUCAUUUAGCUGCCACGUCGCAGGUGUCACUAGUGCCAACUCGCCGACAUGUUCGUUUGCAGACGUGGUUUCGACAAACCUCAUUGAGCAUGAAUACUGCUCCCGUCGCGGCAUCUGCGACUUCACCGUCGGCCUUUGCACAUGCUUUUUGGACUACAAGACGAGCGACUGCAGCCAGUUGUCCAACAUCCCAGACAACAUUGACGACCACGACGGUUUCCUCAUCCAACCCGUAGGGCCGUCGUAUGUUGGCAUCGCCCUGCAUAUCCAAACGAUCAAAGCCAUGCAGACCGACUUUCAAAUGAUCAAAAUUGAAGCGGCCAGUCAACCGCUGUUUUAUAUGCUGGGCAACGGCGACACGUUUUGGACAAAGGGCAAUGUCCGUGUGGACACUGGUACGCUUUUUGUCCAAGCGGGGGAGACCAUUGCGACGGGGGGACUAGCGAUUCAAGAUGGGGGGAGUACCACCACGUUGACGACCGUCGCUGGCACGGUGGCGGACGCGUUGGCCCCAAACACGGGGUUCACUGGCACUGUCAUGACGGCUCGGGCGACUCAAGCGGCCGCGAUCACGUUUUACCUGUUUAAAGCGUCGACAGAAAACUCGCUUGUUCCGAUGUUUGACAUUCGGGGCGAUGGACGCACCACCGUUCGUUCUGGGGGGUUGGAAGUGGUCCUCGGGGGCGCCACCAUCACCGACAACGUUGGAACUACGUCGGUCCUGACAGUGCAAGCCUCCAGUGGAGGCUACUCUAGCUCUGUGGUGUCGAUAGCAGCCACGGCUUCGUCGCAAUUCCCACUCACAGACUUCAACUUGCUCACGGCGUCGGCUGGGGGAACGACGGCGAUCACGGUCGAAGCGUCGGGAAAGACAACGUUGACCAAUGGGGGGUUGUAUGUGAAUGGCAUUGGUGGGGGCAACUUCGUGAACCAGGACCUGGCAGCGUCAGCGUUGACGGCGUUGUCCGGACUAGGAACGUUUACGGGCACUGUGGCGACUAUCGGGGCCUCCAGAGCGGCAAACGUAACGUUCAAACUCUUGGAAGCCAAGUCGAACGGGGUGGUGACGUUCUCCGUACGAGGAGAUGGGUUCACCACCGUUCAUUCGGGGGGGUUCCAAGUGUUGCUGGGGGGUGGCACCAUCACCGCCGGAGGCUUUUACGUCUAUGCGGGGGGAGCCACCGUGAAUGCAGGGGGGCUCAUGGUAACCAACGGGGGCGCUACAAUCCAAGCCCAGGGCCUUGUCGUUGUGGACGGGGGUGCCGACAUCACGAGCACGGCGCAGUUGUUGCCGUCCUUUUCCGUACAUGCGAGUCAUUUGGCGUUCCAAAGCACCGUGGCUGUGAUCGAGACCACGUUGGUUGCUGCGUCAAGCUCGUUUUACUUGCUCAAGAUCAACGCUGCAGCGACGACGGAAAUUUUCGACGUGCGUGGCGAUGGGCUGACCACCAUCCACCAAGGUGGUCUCGUCGUCACUCUAGGCGGUGCUACUGUCACUGCCGGUGGGUUGACUGUCACCGACGGAGGUGAAACCAUUCGAACUCUGUCCGCAACUGCUGACGUGUCAACGAUCACUGCUGCAAGUACCGGCUACAGCGGGUCCGUAUUGACGGCAAUAUCGGCUACCACUGCUGGCUCGUCCUUCUACUUGUUCAGUGCACUCUCUGGGACGUCCACUGCCAUAUUCGAUAUCCGAGGCGAUGGGUUGACCACCAUCCAUGAAGGUGGUCUAGCCGUCACCCUUGGUGGUGCCACUGUCACUGCCGGUGGGUUGACUGUCACCGACGGAGGUGAAACCAUUCGAACUCUGUCCGCAACUGCUGACGUGUCAACGAUCACUGCUGCAAGUACCGGCUACAGCGGGUCCGUAUUGACGGCAAUAUCGGCUACCACUGCUGGCUCGUCCUUCUACUUGUUCAGUGCACUCUCUGGGACAUCUACGGCCAUAUUCGACAUCCGAGGCGAUGGGCUGACUACGAUACACCAGGGAGGGCUGUCGAUCACCACUGGCGGUGCCACCGUAACGGACGGAGGUGAAACCAUUCGAACUCUGUCCGCAACUGCUGACGUGUCAACGAUCACUGCUGCAAGUACCGGCUACAGCGGGUCCGUAUUGACGGCAAUAUCGGCUACCACUGCUGGCUCGUCCUUCUACUUGUUCAGUGCACUCUCUGGGACGUCCACUGCCAUAUUCGAUAUCCGAGGCGAUGGGUUGACCACCAUCCAUGAAGGUGGUCUAGCCGUCACCCUUGGUGGUGCCACUGUCACUGCCGGUGGGUUGACUGUCACCGACGGAGCCAUCACCCUUGGUGGUGCCACCGUGUCAGCCGGAGGAUUGGUCGUGUCUACUGUGGGAGCUACAGUCACGGCUGGUGGGUUAACCGUAACCGAUGGCGGCGAAACGAUUCGAACUACGUCCACGUCGGCUUCGGUGUCAACUCUUACUGCUUCUAGUGCAAGCUACACUGGAUCCGUCUUGACAGCCAUUUCUGCGACCACAGCUGCUUCGACUUUCUACUUGUUCAGUGCACUCUCUGGGACUUCCACUGCCAUCUUCGACAUCCGAGGCGAUGGGUUGACCACUAUCCACCAAGGCGGUCUAGCCAUCGCCCUUGGCGGUGCCACCGUCACCGCGGGUGGGCUAACCGUGACUGACGGCGGUGCUGCCAUCACAACCACCUCAACCACCCUUUCCGCCUCCACGUUGACUGCCUCCAGCACGAGCUACACUGGCACCGUGCUGAAAGCUGUGUCGGCUACAGCUGUUGGCUCCACGUUCUUCUUGUUCAAGGCGCUAAGUGGUACCACCACAUCUGUGUUUGACAUCCAGGGCGACGGGCUAACGACGAUUCGCCAAGGUGGUCUAGCCAUCACCCUUGGUGGUGCCACCGUGUCAGCCGGAGGAUUGGUCGUGUCUACUGUGGGAGCUACAGUCACGGCUGGUGGGUUAACCGUAACCGAUGGCGGCGAAACGAUUCGAACUACGUCCACGUCGGCUUCGGUGUCAACUCUUACUGCUUCUAGUGCAAGCUACACUGGAUCCGUCUUGACAGCCAUUUCUGCGACCACAGCUGCUUCGACUUUCUACUUGUUCAGUGCACUCUCUGGGACUUCCACUGCCAUCUUCGACAUCCGAGGCGAUGGGUUGACCACUAUCCACCAAGGCGGUCUAGCCAUCGCCCUUGGCGGUGCCACCGUCACCGCGGGUGGGCUAACCGUGACUGACGGCGGUGCUGUCGUCACAACCACCUCUACCACCCUGUCCGCCUCUACGUUGACUGCGUCCAGCACGAGCUACACUGGCACCGUGCUGAAAGCUGUGUCGGCUACAGCUGUUGGCUCCACGUUCUUCUUGUUCAAGGCGCUGAGUGGCACCUCCACGUCUGUGUUUGAUAUCCAGGGCGACGGGCUAACGACGAUUCGCCAAGGGGGGUUGUCGAUUGUAACUGGUGGAGCUACCAUCGCUGCUGGAGGGCUAGUCGUGUCCACUAUUGGUGCUACCGUAACUGCCGGGGGGCUGACCGUCACGGCGGGGGGAGCUACUGUUACAGCUGGGGGACUUGUGAUCACUGACGGGGGCGGUAGUGUGACUCAAAGUGCAGCAGCUGGUCCUGGCCUGUCUGUGACUGCGUCAAGCUCAGCUCUGACGGGCACAGUGCUGAAAGCCACCACCGCUACUGCAGUAGGGACCGGCUUCUAUUUAUUUCAGGCCAUGGUGUCGUCUACCACGUCUGUGUUUGACAUCCGCGGAGACGGACUUACGACGCUGUCCCAAGGGAGCUUGGUUCUCACGACGGGAGGACUGUCGCUCACAGCGGGUGGCAUCACGGCAGCCGGCUCGAUAGUGUUUUCUAGUACGACGGCGGCUACGACUGCAACCACCGGCGCGUUGCAAGUCGCGGGGGGUAUUGGAGUCGGUGGGGACAUUUACUGCGCUGCCACCGCCCAUGUGCAAACGUUGGAUCAGUACUCGGACGUCCGGUUAAAGCAAGCCAUUCGUGACAUUGGAGUGACCCGCGCCGAGUUUGAUGCGUUGCGGCCGGUCGAGUAUGAAUGGAAACGACGCAGCAAAGAACUGGGCGUCCAAGCGGGAUUCGUCGCCCAGGAAGUGCAGCGAGUGUGGCCGCAUCUCGUUCAUGCAGACGGAGACGGCACGUUGUCGCUGAAUUACAACGGUAUCACUCCGUACGUGGUCGCGCGCGUCCAAGCCCUGGAACGAGAACUCGAUGACGUGAACGCGGAGAAAGAUAGUCUCCUUCAUGACGUGGAGCUGCUUAAGUCUGAGGCAGAGUUAGCGAAGGCAGAGAUGGAACGGGUGAAGCUCGAGGUGGCCAACAUGCAAGCCAGAAUGGAACGAUGGGAAACGAAAUUGGAAGUCCACGAGGGCAACAGUUAGGUAGGUAGGUGUAACGUUAGGAAUUUAUGCUUUAUAUGUAUGCAAACUUCAUCGAUUGUAUUUCAACCUAAUCAAAGGUCACCAUGCACUAUAUAAUGCAUGCAUGCUUCAAGCGAAUGCAAGCAUGGACUCAAUGGUUCAUGCGAACGGUGCGGUCGCCGACACGGUGUUUAUCUUGAUCAUGAGGUCGCGGGCACACAUCACAUGAAAUCUGGUAAAGAGAUUGCGAUGCACUGCUCAAGCACACAUCUCGGAUGACAGGCAAAUCGCACGACCGACGGCUGCCAUGGUAGGUAUAGGUAACAAAGGCAGCUUCAUGACCAGCCUCCAGAACCUCCUUAGCAUGUCUCUUCAGACCACAACUAUCGCCAUGGCCAUAGCGUUUGAUGGCUCUGCAAGCUGUUGCCGUCGGCCAUCGUCGUGGUAGGAUCGUCAAGGUGUAGUCCACGUGUCCUGAAUCGCCACAAG